AUGAGUGAAGCAGAUGCCGCCAAUGCCUCCGGUGUUAUUGCCAGCAGCGCCGAACGCAUGGUCGGCGCUGAGCACGCUGAAGUGCGCUACUUUACCAGCUACGACCACCACGGAAUUCACGAGGAGAUGCUGGUGAGAAUUUCUUCCAUCCAUGUGGACUCAUCUCACAACCAAUUGAGGGCUUUGCUAACAGGAUCCUCUUUCUUCCUGCAGAAAGAUGACGUGCGCACUCGUUCUUACCGCGACUCUAUCUACCAGAACCGCCACAUUUUCAAGGACAAGGUCGUCCUUGAUGUUGGCUGUGGAACUGGUAUCCUGAGCAUGUUCGCCGCUCGCGCCGGUGCCAAGCAUGUGAUUGGUGUCGACAUGUCCUCCAUCAUUGUGAAGGCUCGGGAAAUUGUUGCCGUCAAUGGGCUCAGUGACAAGAUUACCCUUCUUCAAGGCAAGAUGGAGGAGGUUCAUCUCCCGUUCCCCAAGGUUGACAUCAUCAUCUCUGAGUGGAUGGGUUACUUCCUACUCUACGAGUCCAUGCUGGACACCGUCCUCUAUGCCCGUGAUACCUAUCUCGCUGCUGAUGGCAAGAUCUUCCCCGACAAGGCGACCAUGUAUGUCGCUGCUAUCGAGGACGGCGAGUACAAGGAUGACAAGAUUGGAUUCUGGGACAAUGUCUACGGCUUCAACUACAGCCCUAUGAAGGAGAUCGCUCUUACUGAGCCUCUCGUCGACACCGUUGAGAUGAAGGCUCUGGUCACUGAGCCCUGUGAGAUCAUCACUUUUGACCUCAACACUGUCACAACCGCCGAUCUCGCCUUCAAGGUCCCUUACAAGCUGACUGCGCAACGCUCCGACUUCAUCCACGCCCUUAUUGCCUGGUUCGACAUUGACUUCAGCGCUUGCCACAAGCCCAUCCACUUCUCCACCGGUCCUCACGCCAAAUACACUCACUGGAAGCAGACCGUGUUCUAUCUUCGUGACGUCCUCACCGUGGAGGAGGGUGAGACCGUUUCUGGUGUCCUCGAGAACCGCCCUAACGACAAGAACAAGCGUGAUCUGGAUAUUAACAUCUCCUACAAAUUCGAUGUGGAGGAUCCUACUCGCUUCGCAGAGGGCAGCUGCUUCUAUCGCAUGUGCGUCACCCUUCCAAUUGCGUACUCGCAAGAGCGACAAAUGACUGACCUGAUAUAG